GCAAAUUUUGGUUAUAUGCAAAAUUUUCAUAUUUCAACGCAUUAUAGAACGUUUUAUUAUAUGAAUUUGGUUGUUUGAAUGCAAAUCGUUUAUAAGCAAAUAUCGCAUUUAUGCAAAAAAAUUUCAGCAAAAUUGAAUCGUUACGUACAAAUUUUAAUCUGUUUUAAGCAAAUUUUCCAACACUGAAACACUAAAUUUAUUCUAUCGAUUUAUCGAUUGUCAAACAUAUGAUUUUGUGUUACACUUGUUACAAUGUCGCGUCGUGUUGUGUUAACAGCGAAACAAAAAAUUGCGGUUUUAAACGAUUUAAAGACUUCCAAAGACCGAAAAACCAUUGCUGCUAAAUAUAAAGUUAGCUUAAGCACUAUAUCGCGCAUUCAAAUCCAAGAGAACAAAAUCCGCGCCAUAACAAAUCCCAAUAGGAAACGGGAUAGGAAAGGCGCACACGUGAAUUUGGACAGAACCUUGUUGUCCUGGUUUAACCAAAUCCGGUCCCAAAAUGGAAUUGUUACCGGACCUGUCUUGCUUUCUAAAGCACAGGAAUUUGCGUUAAAAUUAAACGAAAGUUAUGUGCCAGACCGUAGUUGGUUGCAGCGUUGGUGCGGGCGAAAUGCCCUUAACUUCUCCAAGAUUUACGGAGAAGCUGGCGAAAAUAACGCAACAAGUGCAGAAGUUUUCACUACUAACCGUUUGCCUCAUAUUAUUGAAAAAUUUUCGCCGGAUUGUAUAUUUAAUGCCGAUGAAACCGGGCUGUACUACAAGGCGUUGCCAAAUGGAAGUUACAAAGGCAAGUAUGAGAAUCCAAAGGGAUUCAAAACUCAAAAGCAACGCCUCACAUUUCUGUUUCUAUGCAAUGCAACCGGCACGUAUAAACGUGCAUAUUGCAUUGGAAAGUCGGCUAAACCACGGUCUUUUAAAGGAAAACAGCUACCGCUGCCAUAUUAUAAUAAUAGAAGUGCUUGGAUGACGAGUGUUAUUUGGAAAAAGAUUCUAAUAGAUCUCAAUCAAAAUCUUGAAAAAGAUAACAAGCAGAUAUGUUUGAUUGUUGAUAAUGCUCCUUGCCACAAUACAGAUGAGAAAUUCUCAAACAUUACGAUUGAAUUUUUGCCACCAAAUACAACUGCCCUUAUACAGCCACUUGAUCAAGGUAUCAUCCACUCCUUUAAAAUGGAAUAUCGACAAAUACUAAUAAAAAAACAAAUUUGUGCGUUGGAGAAGGGCUUAUCUAUAGUUGAAUUCCUGAAAUCGCUCACUAUUUUGGAUGGUAUCAAUUAUGCAAAUCGCGCUUGGAACCUUGUUAAGCAGCAAACAAUUAGUAAUUGUUUCAAAAAGGCAGGCAUUGACAACAUUCAAUUCAUUACAGAUGAGAUUGCAGCCACAGAAGGCGAAAACUAUGAAUGGUGCACACUCGAUAAUGAAUACAUUCAAUGCGAUAAUGAACUUGUCUGCUUUUGAACCAUGUCGGACGAGGAUAUUGUUGCGGACGUAUUGGCCGUCAAUCAAAAUUCUACUGAAGAUGAGGAAGUGUUCGCGCAAUCUGAGGCUUGUAUUAAACACCCCUCAACGAAAAAUGCCUUGCUAAGCUUAGAUUCGCUGCGUGACUAUUUUUGUCAUAACAAUAUAGAUCCCUUAGAGGCUUUUGAAGAUAUUGAAAAUUUAAUCCUAGAGAGUUCUGAAAAACAGAAAUGCCAGAAGAAAAUAACAGAUUUUUUAAGUAAAUCUUAACAAUUUU